CUGGGCUGGCACCUUCGCAAGUUCGAAACGCAACCGAACCCCUCAUCACAAACAAGCAGCGAAGCACUCAACCCCAACAUGGCAACAAUCAAUGCAGAACCAGAUGCGCUACCUCAAGUGGUAUUUCGACCCGGAAAGAAAAGAAAGAUGUAUCGGCAGCGGGCGGAUGAGCCAGAUGAGAGGACGAGCGGCAUUGAGCUCGGCGACGGUAACGGUGGGACCGCGCCCGAGGAUAGCGCUGCCGCACACGACACCGCAAACCCGCCUGCCGAAGAGGACGAUGGCGAACAAGGACUUUCAGUCGCGGAGGUGCUACGUCUACGGAACUCCCGGAAGCACAGGCCUGGCGGCGUCGGUUUCAGGGCUGGACCGUCCUUUCCCGGUGACAGCAAGGUGAUAAGCGAGGAGAACACAGAGCAGAGCAUGGUUCUGCACGGUAACACGGAUGCGCAACAAGCAGCUGAAGUAGCUGUCAUCGGUGGCAUCUCGAAGCGAUUUGCCCCGCAGACGGGGCUGGUUGGCGAGGUGGUCAAUAAGCACAUGGAGGAGUACGUAGAAUCCGAGUUGGCUAGACGAAAGCGGCACGCCGCAGAAGCCGCCGCCGCCGCCGCACUGCUGGAGCAACAGGACCAACAAAGGCGCCAGGACAGCAGCACUACGGCUAUGAGCGAUGAUCAGCAAGACCCAAGCUUUGCGGUUACCGGCGGUCACUCCGACUCCCAGCGAGUGCUGCAGGGUCGGCUUCUCGAAGUCGACCUCGGCGAAGAGGCUCGAGCGCGGACCGCCGAGAUGACUGAGCGCGCGAGGAGACGGCUGCAAGGCCAAAUCGACGAGGAAGAGCAGGAAGAGGGCAAAGGGCGAGCCAGAAAGGUCCGCCUUGGGCGGGACGGCAAACCCUUGCGGUCACGGAACCGCCGUGGAAGCGACACAAUCAGACGGGAGCAGCUUGUCGAAGAGUUUUUGAGCGAAAACAGACUCGACAUCUACGAUACGCAAUCAGACCAGGCUGCUAAUCCGGCUGCCCCGGAAGCGGAGGAAGGUGCUGCCGACGACCGGAUUGCCGAGGAGUUCCGGCGAGAGUUUAUGGAAGCGAUGGCGCAAAGGCACCGGAGGAGAAGGGCGCCCCCCGCCAAACCGGGGGCCAAGAAGCAGGAAGAGAUCCUCAGAGGUCCGAAGCUGGGCGGCAGUCGGAACGCGAGAGCAGCUAUGCGGGAUCUGUUGCUCAAGGAGCAGGCGAGCAAGCAAAGACGAUGAGGCUCAGGAUAGGGCGGGGCGGAAUAUUGGAAUUCGUGGUUUGCGCCGGCUUGUUUGGAUUUACACACCUUAUAGUAUCAUGACACUGGUUACGAUCUCUCAAGCUGUUCAGGGUAUAGCGUCAACAACAUGGCU